AUGGUCCAUGGAUUGGGGCUCCUCUUUCCUCUGCUGCUUGGGCACCUCUGCUCCCAACUUCUGGGAACCUCUGGGGAUAGCAUGCAGCACUACCGGAACCUGAGGGCCAACAGUAGCAGCUGGGAACUUGAAGGAACGCAGGAUAAUGGCUCAAUGGUGUCUGCUCAAACACUCCACUUUUCCUUGGAUUACCAGCAUGUGCAGGUCCCUUUCGAGAUCACACUCUGGAUUAUGUUUGCCUCUUUGGCAAAAUAGGUAAGAUUUCACCUCUAUAAUAAGAUGCCCAUAGUUGUACCUGAAAGUUGCCUCUUGAUGUUUGUAGGUCUCAUCCUGGGAGGACUAAUUUGCAGUUUAAAUGACAAAUCCCCACCAGUAAGGGACAGUGAUAGAUUUUUCCUGUAUUUACUUCCACCAAUUGUCCUUGAUGCAGGGUAUUUUAUGCCCGCUCAGCCAUUUUUUGAAAACAUAGGAACCAUUCUGUUGUAUGUUGUAGUUGGAACCAUGUGGAAUGCAUUUGGGAUAGGCCUUUCCCUCUAUGGCAUAUGUCAAGUGAAGUACUUCAACCUUCAAGAUGUGUCAUUGCUCCAUAACCUUUGGUUUGGGAGUUUGAUUGCUGCACUAGAUCCUCUGGCUGAAAUCUCUGUAUUUGAAGAAAUUCAUGUGAAUGCAAAGCUUCAUAUUUUGGUGUUUGGAGAAUCCCUCCUUAAUGAUGCUGUUACUGUGCUCUAUAAGCUAUUUAAAUCUUUCUGUGGAAUGCCAUCUAUCAAACCACUGGAUAUUUUGGCUGGGAUAGGAAUUUUUUUUUUUUUUUUGGUUGGAAUCGGAGGCAUUUUCACUGGGUUCCUGUUUGGCAUGGCUGUUGCCUUUACCACAGGCUUUACCAAGGUCAUUUGGGUCAUCGAACCUCUCUUUGUCUUCUUAUGUAGUUACCUCUCCUACCUGAUUGCUGAAAUGCUCCAUCUCUCAGGGAUUGUGGCAAUUAUUGCCUGUGCUAUGAGUAUGAAACACUAUGUGGAAGCUAACAUUUCUCAGAAGUCCCAUACCACUAUCAAGUACUUCAUGAAGAUAUGGAGCAGUGUUAGUGAUACUCUUAUCUUCAUCUUCCUUGGUGUUUCUACUAUUGGAGAUAACCAUGAAUGGAAUUGGCCUUACAUUUGUUUCACUGUCAUUUUUUGUCUUAUUUGGAGAGCAUCAGGAAUUCUUGUGCUGACCUUCUUCAUAAACAAAUGUCAUGUGAAUACAGUCACCAGGAAGGACCAAUUUAUUAUAGCCUAUGGAGGACUUAGAGGACCAAUCUGUUUCUCCCUUGUUUUCCUACUUCCAGAAUUUUCCAGAAAGAAACAAUUGGAGUAUUUCAACAGCGGGUAUCUGCAGAAGAUUUUGCUCAGAGAAAAUGAGCAGCCCAAAUCAAGCAUUGUGCUUCUUUAUGAGAAGCUUGAAAGAAAACAUGCCAUUGAACUGGCAGAAGCAAAUCAGUUAAUAGACACACCAUCUAGUGCAUCUUUGCUGUAA